AUGGGUGUCCUUCCCGUCGUCGGAAUUCCUUCGCCGGCGCUACAACCCCGCAAAAUUCACGCCAUUCCGAAGAUUCAAAACACUAAUCAAUCUACCUCCGGAACCACUGUUUCAUGGACUUCUCGCAUCACUCUCCUCUCACGCAAUGGUCGAUUAGCCGAGGCAGCCAAGGAAUUCUCCGAUAUGCGACUCGCCGGCGUCGAGCCUAACCACAUCACUUUCAUCGCCCUACUCUCUGGCUGUGGUGAUUUCCCCUCCGGUAGUGAAGCCUUGGGCGAUUUGCUUCAUGGCUAUGCUUGCAAACUCGGACUCGCUAGAAACCAUGUCAUGGUUGGCACCGCGAUCCUCGGCAUGUACUCCAAACGCCGUCGUUUUCGUAAGGCUAGAUUGGUUUUUGACUACAUGCAAGACAGAAAUUCGGUAACUUGGAAUACAAUGAUCGAUGGGUACAUGAGGAAUGGUCAAGUCCACGACGCGGUCAAGUUGUUCGACGAAAUGCCUGAGAGAGACUUGAUUUCCUGGACAGCUAUGAUAAAUGGGUUUGUUAAGAAAGGCUUUCACGAGGAAGCUUUGGCGUGGUUCCGUGAGAUGCAGUUUUCUGGAGUAAAACCAGAUUACGUUGCCAUUAUCGCUGCUCUUGCCGCUUGCACAAACCUUGGUGCUCUCUCGUUUGGAUUAUGGGUGCAUCGUUAUGUUCUGAGUCACGAUUUCAAGAACAAUGUCAGAGUGAGUAAUUCUCUGAUUGAUCUGUAUUGCCGAUGCGGGUGUGUGGAGUUUGCUAGACAAGUUUUUGACAAAAUGGAGAAACGAAGCGUGGUUUCAUGGAACUCAGUCAUUGUUGGUUUUGCUGCUAACGGGCAUGCAAAUGAAUCUUUGGUAUACUUCAGAAGAAUGCAAGAAGAAGGGUUUAAACCUGACGCAGUCACUUUCACAGGGGCGUUAACGGCUUGUAGCCAUGUAGGUCUAGUUGAUGAAGGUGUUCGAUAUUUCAGAACUAUGAGAAGUGAUCACAGAAUCUCGCCUCGGAUUGAACAUUACGGUUGCUUGGUGGAUUUGUAUAGCCGGGCUGGGAGACUGGAAGAUGCUUUGAAAGUGGUACAGAGCAUGCCUAUGAAGCCAAAUGAAGUUGUGAUUGGCUCUUUGCUUGCAGCAUGCAGGACUUAUGGGAACGAUACGGAGUUAGCAGAGAGGCUGAUGAAGCAUCUUAGUGAGGUUAACGUGAAGAGCCAUUCGAAUUAUGUGAUUCUCUCUAACAUGUAUGCUGCUGAUGAGAAAUGGGAAGGAGCAAGUAAGAUGAGAAGGAAGAUGAAGGGUCUUGGACUAAGGAAGCAGCCUGGGUUUAGUUCGAUAGAGAUUGAUGAUUCCACGCAUGUGUUCAUGGCCGGUGACAGUGCCCAUGUCGAGACUUCUUAUAUCCGCGAGGUCCUCGAGCUUAUUUCUUCUGAUUUGCGGUUACAGGGCUAUGAUCUCCUUAAUGAUUGA